AUGGCAUCGGAGGUCGUCGUCAACGGAACCGAUGUCAUACAUCCUUGUUAUGAGUUCCAUCAUCUGUAUUAUGUACUGUCAAAAACCCAUUCCUUACAGUGUGUUUUAUUGAACAUAUUUCUGUCUUUAUUAUCCAUUAUUAUCAUAUGCGGAAACCUUCUCAUCAUCAUCUCUGUGCUUUAUUUCAAACAGCUUCACACUCCUACUAAUUAUCUCAUUCUUUCUCUGGCGGUGGCCGACUUACUCGUAGGGGUUUCGGGGUUUCCUCUCAGUAUCGAAUUCAGCGUCACUUAUUGCGUGUAUCAAAAAGAACUGCUUUGUCAAAUACGGAACAUUAUCGAUAUAACACUUAGCACCGCUUCUAUUUUACAUUUAUGUUGUAUUUCUAUAGAUAGAUAUUACGCAGUUUGUAAGCCUUUGAUGUAUAGAUCUAUAAUCACUGAUCGUGUUGUCGGGGUUAUGAUAUCGAUGAGCUGGAGUCUUUCCGGUCUUGUUGCAGUUCGAUUUGUGGUUACACGUAUAAACUAUGCAAAAUGUGGAGAGAAAUGUUAUAAUGAUAUUUUAAUUGCAUCAGUUUUGGGACUUAUUUGUUCAUUUUACCUUCCUGUGAUCAUAAUGUUAUGUAUUUAUGUAAAGAUAUUCCUUGUCGCACAGAAACAGGCACGCAGCAUUGAAAACGCUAACCAUCAAAGCAGGAUGCUAAGAGCAACAGUCAGUAAAAUGGAGAGGAAGGCUACUAAAACUUUGUCCAUAGUCGUGGGUUUUUUCUUAAUUUGUUGGAGUCCUUUCUUUCUGUAUUCUUGUAUUCGUCUCGGAAACCGGACGUUGAUACCGAUAGCAUUUUUUGAAGGACUGACUUGGUUGGCUCUGACUAAUUCAAUGUUCAAUCCGUUUAUUUAUGCUUUCUUUUACAGUUGGUUUCAGUCUGCUUUUAAAAUGAUAAUAACGGGAAAAAUAUUCCAAGGGGAUUUUUCUCACAUAAAACUUCACUAA